AAAAAGGAGGAGAUUGAUACAUAUAACCAGGUCAUCCAGACCUUGGUCGCCCAGGCGUCGAAACUACACUAGAGUACUUUGUGAAGGGGCUGCUUGUAAUAUACACAAACGUUAGCGGCACCACCCAAUGUGGAAAUUGCACCCCUAAACAGGAACCACCUCGAUCCAGGUAUAUAUUUAAAGUCAGCCAAAUCAUUCUACCGCGAUCGCUUCAGCUAUUUUUCCCUCACAAACUCACACACACAGCCAUGGAUUUCCAGAACCGCGUAGGAUCCAAGCCCGGAGCAGGCGGCAUGAUGACCUCGUCCGAGUCCAACGUGGCUCGGCGCGAGCGGCUGCGCAAGCUGGCUCUGGAGACCAUUGACAUUGAAAGCGACCCGUACUUUAUGCGCAACCACCUCGGCUCGUACGAGUGCAAGCUCUGCCUGACCCUCCACAACAAUGAAGGUUCGUACCUCGCCCACACACAGGGCAAAAAGCACCAAACAAACCUCGCCCGCCGCGCUGCCCUUGAGGCCAAAGACAAGGACCACACGGCACCAGCACGCGCUACUGCCAGCGCACCCAAAGUCAAAAAGAACGUGGUCAAGAUUGGGCGGCCCGGGUACAAGGUGACCAAAGUACGGGACCCGCGCACGCGCCAGUUCGGGUUGCUGGUUGAGGUCACGUAUCCCGAGGUCACCGAGGAGACAAAGCCAAGGCACCGGUUCAUGUCGGCGUACGAGCAGCACGUGGAGGUGCCGAACCGGCAGUACCAGUACCUGCUGUUUGCAGCAGAGCCGUAUGAGACGAUUGCAUUCAAGAUCCAGAGCCGCGAGAUCGAUAUGCGGCCAGGCAGGUUCUGGACGUACUGGGACAAGGACACACACAAGUUCACACUGCAGCUCUUUUAUCGCAACCAGGCACGGCAACGCCAGCAGGACGGCAGCGCGUACCAGCAACAGCACAGCCAGGUCAACCCGCUCAAUCCGUACAUCCUGACUGGAAAUGAACCACCUCAGCAAUGAGUGAAUGGUUUUGUUUUGUUUUGUUUUGUUUUGUAGAGGGAAAAGGCGCUAGACAAGGUCAAAUGUAAUAUGCGUGAAAGUA